AUGACCGAUAUGAAAAAAGAGAAAGACCUUGAGGGUCUGGGUACUUCACCCUUGCGAAAUGAGCUUGAUCAUAGUUCUGAUAUCGCGCAUGAUGAUGUCUUUGGAGAGAUUACUGAACACGGACCCAAUUACCGCAAUGUAGGAUGGAUGGGAACAGUGGUCCUCAUGAUGAAGAGCCAAAUCGGCCUCGGUGUCCUUUCCAUCCCAGGCGCAUUCGACACGUUAGGUCUUAUCCCAGGCGUCAUAUGUCUAGUCAUCAUUGCGGUUAUCACAACAUGGUCCGACUACAUGGUGGGUAUCUUCAAGCUGAAACAUCGCUCCGUCUACGGAAUCGACGAUGCAGGCUACUUGAUGUUCGGUACAUUCGGCCGUGAGCUCUUCGGGUUUGUCUUCUGUCUCUACUGGACUUUCGUCGCCGGCUCAGGAAUGCUCGGUCUCUCCAUCGCCCUCAACGCCGUCUCAACCCACGCAACAUGCACAGCCGUCUACGUGGCCGUCGCCGCCGUUGCUGGCAUCAUAUUCGCUAGUAUCCGCACUCUCGGUCGAAUCAGUUGGCUCGCGUGGAUUGGUUUGAUCUGUAUCCUGAUUGCAAUCUUCAUCGUUACCGUUGCCGUGGGCGUUCAAGUCCGCCCAUCCUCCGCUCCACAAGAUGGAACUUGGGUACCAGACUACAAGCUCGUGAACAACCCCUCAUUCAGUGAAGCCAUUACGGCGGUGUCGGCAAUGGUCUUCGCCUACGCUGGUACACCAGCCUUCUUCUCCAUCGUCUCAGAAAUGCGCGAUCCUAAGUAUUACACCCGCUCCCUGGUCAUCUGCCAGUCCAUCGUAACCGCCGUCUAUAUCUCCAUCGGCGUGGUGGUAUACUACUUCUGCGGCUCAUACGUUGCCUCGCCUGCGCUUGGCUCCGCCGGCCCAGUUAUGAAGAAAGUCAGCUAUGGCUUUGCCAUCCCCGGUUUGCUGGUUACCGUGAUGCUCUUCGUGCAUCUCCCAGCAAAAUUCAUCUUCAUUCGCCUCCUCCGCGGCUCGAGACACUUAACCUCAAAUGGCAUCGUUCACUGGACCUCCUGGAUCGGCUGCACUGUCAGUGUCGGCCUAAUCUCCUACAUCAUCGCCAGCGCCAUCCCCGUUUUUGACAAUCUGGUUUCAUUAAUUGGCGCCCUUCUCGGCACAUUCAUGUGUUUCCAGCCGAUGGGCUGCAUGUGGCUGUACGAUAAUUGGGGCAGGGGGAGGUACGAGCGGAGUCGGCGGUGGAUUGCCAUGGUUUGCUGGAGUAUUUUCGUUAUUGUGAGCGGUACGUUUAUGAUGGUUGGCGGCACUUAUGGGUGUAUCGUCACUAUUAUUGAGAGUUACCAUGCAAAUGGGGGGACGAGUGCAUGGUCUUGUGCGGAUAAUUCCAAUUCGUCAUGA